AUGUCGGGCAAGCCAAAGAAAACAUACGGCAAGAAGGUCACGGCGCACGUCUCGGGGUGGUUCGCGAGGGACCUGUGGAACGCUGCUGUGCCUGCUGCGACUGCUGCUUCUACAGCUCCUACUGCUGCUAAUACUACUGCUACUGCCGGGGCUGCGGGAGGGAGCGGUAGUGGUAGUGCUAGUGCUAGUAGUGGGAACGGUGGGAGAAGUGGUAGUGUGAAUGGGGGCAGUGGUGGAAAGGGAAGGCCGGCGGUGUUGGAUUUGGAUUCAGAUUCAGAUUCAGAUGAUGACGAGGACCAAGUGGGUGGUAGAGGGAAGGAUGAGGAUGAGGAAGACGAUGAAGAGGAGAAACACAGCGGGCGUGGGAGUAGUGGGAAGAAUGGCAAUCUCAAUGGCAACGGCAAUGGAAAAGCCACUGCUCCCGCCGUCAGAAACCGAACAAACACCGCCACCAACGGCACCACCACCGCCGCCGCAUCCCCCGACUCCGACUCCGAGUCCGAGUCCGACACCUACAGCGACACCUACUCCGCCCCCGGCAUCGCCGUCACCGUAACCUCCCCGCACAGCACCCGGCGGCGUCCCAAGCCCAGCCUCGCCCGCUCCGACUCCGACUCCGACUCCGAAGACGACGACUCCGAAGACGACCUCGUCGACAUCCCCGGCACGCCCGAGUACGAAGAGCUCGAAGCCAACAUCCUCGCCUUGCUCACGCCCACGCCCACCCUGACGCCCGCCACGACGCCCAGCGCGCCAGAGACAUCCGAUAAAGAGAACGACCUCCCCGCCUCCACCGCCUCCUCCCCCGGCUCCCAUCCACCUGCCCGCCGUACACGCACGCCGACCGGUGUGCCGGGGUCGCCGCGGGAGGCGCUGAAAGAGCGGGCUAUAACGCCGAUCGAGUCGCCGGCAAGAAAGAACGGGGUGCGGAAGAAGCGGGCGUCGGUUGUGAGCCCGCUUGUGCGCGAGCGGCCCGGCUCGGGGGUGGGGGUGGACAUCAAGGUGUGGGAGGAUGGCAAGGAGCGGGGAGACGAGAGGGAGAUGCUGGAGAAGAUGCGGCGGGUUACGAUUGGGCUGGAGGAGGUUUUGGAGCUCGGGGGGAUGAAGGGCGGGGUGCAGGUGGAGGAGGUGGAGAGGGGGUGUGCGGGGAGCGAUACGUCGGAGCUGACGGAGCUCGAUGCGGAGGAGGAGGAGCAGGAGGGGGAAAGGGAGUAUGAAGAGGAUGAGGUCGAGUACUACGUUGACGAUGCGGCGAUCGAAGAGCUGUUGAGCCUCUGCACGACGCCCACGGUCCUGGACUUCACGGACUACAUCACCGCCCUGCAGACAACCCACACAAUCACCAAGCUCGGCGAAGCCUCCUACAGCGAAGUCUUCCUCUCCACGCCCCUCACCCCCUCCUCCCCCUCCUCCCGCACCACCGUCCUAAAAAUCAUCCCCUUCGCCGCCGCCGACCAAUGCACGCUCACAUCCAUCCUGCAAGAAGUCAGCAUCACGCGCACCAUGGCCUCGCACAGGGGCUUCAUCGGCUUCCACGGCGCGCACGUGUGCCGCGGGUACUUCCCCGAGGCGCUGAUGCGCUGCUGGGACGAGUAUGAGGAGCUGCGCGGCAGCGAGAAUGAGCGGCCCGAGUUCUACGGCGAGGGCCAGUGGUGGGCCGUGGUGGGGCUGGAGAUGGGGGGCGUGGAUCUGGAGCAUUUUGAGUUGAAGGGGUGGCGGGAGGCGCUGGAUGUGUUUUGGCAGGUGGCGGAGGCGCUGGCGGGGGGGGAGGGGUGCGAGUUUGAGCAUCGUGAUCUUCACUACGGCAACAUCGUGAUCCAGCGCCGCCCCACGGGGCUCAAAGUCUCCCUAAUCGACUACACCCUCUCGCGGGCCCUCUGCCCCCCGCUCCCCAGCACCUCCACCACCACACCACGAGCCCACUUCGCCCCGCUCGACGACCCCGCCCUCUUCAGCGGCAAAGGCGACUACCAAUUCGACAUCUACCGCUUCAUGCGGACGCACCUCUCGUCGGGGCUCGUCCCGCCGGACGAGGAGGACAUCAACUGGGACGUGUACGCGCCGCGCACCAACGUGUUCUGGCUGCACUAUCUUGCGUGCGUGCUGCUGCGGCGCAAGGGGCUGCCGCGCGGGCGCAGGAUCGCCGGGGACGGGGAGAAGGGGGCGUUUGAGGCGGUCGAGAGGAUCGUGGCGGGGAUUGACCCGCGGAAGAGGAGGUUUGGGGGUGGGGAGGUGGGGAGUGCGGGGGAGGUGCUGGCGUGGGCGGGGGCGGAGGGAUUGUGGGUGGGGAGGGAGGAGGGGGUGUAG